AUGGGAUUUUGAGAUUUUGAGAUUUUGGGUCUUGCUUUGCUUCUUGGGUUUUUGAGAUUGGGAUCCGUGGCCUAGUUUUAGAUGGCUGAGAUUCUGAGAAAAAUUUUUCCCGUGGGGUUAGGGCAAUCUGUUCCCAAAGAUGAUAAUUCAGAUGAUGAAAUUAAAAUUGACUACUCGUUUGCUAUAGAGUACCAGGGUCCUCCGGUCCCUUACCAGAUUCCCCAAGCAUUUCCGGUGGACGUUGACCGGCUUCCAACUGCUGCCACAGUUUCCUCUGCUUCUGCGUUGAAUGAUGUUUCCUUGCCGGUCAUCCAACCAAUUGUGAAGGCUGGUCCAGAUGACAGAAAACUAGCCAAAGGGCAAAAUAGUUUCUGUGGAGCUAUCUCUUGUCAAGAGUCCUGUGAUGAUCAUGGUGUAUCCGUUGAGUCGUCGAUUCAGGGUGACGACGACGAAUGCGCAGAAAAAUUAUGCCAGGGAAGGGAAAAUUCUGGCAAAUUGGAUAAUUCUGAUGAUCAAGAUAAUUUGCAAGAAUCAUCAAGAAGGUUGGAAGCGUUAGAGCUACCCACUGAUUCCAGAGAAGGUUUAGAGUUGAUUGAGGACGGGGAUCCUGCCCUUGCCAAUUCAGAUUCAACAGAAUCAGGUUUAAGUACACCUGCACUUUCAUCAUCAGAGGUCUCUUCUUGCAGGGGGGAGGAGGGUAAAGAUGAGACUCCUUCCCAUGUUAGAAAACCAUCAGUGGUAACUUUCUGUGAGCCUGAGUUAACUGACAUAGUUCAGGAAGAGUAUGAAUAUUCUGAGGCUGAAAGCAGCCAAGCUCAAGAGCUACCAAGAAAUGGGAAGAAAGGGUCAUGCUACAGGUGCUUGAAGGGAAAUCGGUUUACCAUCAAGGAGAUUUGCAUGGUUUGCAAUGCAAAGUACUGUCGUUAUUGUGUGCUGCGAGCAAUGGGGUCAAUGCCAGAGGGAAGAAAGUGUGUUAGUUGCAUUGGUAGAAGGAUAAAUGAGUCUAAUCGAGAGACUUUGGGGAAAUGUUCACGGAUGCUCAAGCAGCUGCUUCCUGCCUCAGAGGUUAAACAUAUUAUGUGGUGUGAGUCAUCAUGUAAAGAGAAUCAGCUACCACCAGACCUUGUUUAUGUGAAUGAUGAGCCUCUGAGUCAACAGGAGUUGCUUCUGUUGCAGACCUGUCUGAACCCACCAAAGAAGCUAAAACCAGGACACUAUUGGUAUGAUAAAGUUUCUGGUUUUUGGGGAAAGCAAGGACAGGGGCCUUGCCAGAUUAUUAGCCACCAGCUAAAUGUUGGGGGUCAUAUCAAGUCAGAUGCAAGCAAUGGAAACACAAAAAUAUUUAUAAAUAAUAGGGAGAUUACUAAAAAGGAGCUUUGGAUGCUGCAGUGUGCAGGAGUUCAAUGUGAAGGAAUGCCUCACUUUUGGGUAAGUGCAGACGGAUCCUACCAGGAAGAGGGUCAGAGGAAUGUAGUAGGGCGUAUAUGGGGCAAGACUGGAAUCAAGCUAGUUUGUGCUUUCUUAUCUUUGCCAGUUCCUCAUGAUCAUCAUGUAAAUGCUUCUGUUGAAGAAAUCAGCCGGAGCAACCAGGGGUUGAAAGUGCCUUAUAAACUUCUUCUACUAGGCUAUGAAAAAUCUGGCACUAGUACUAUAUAUAAGCAGACCAAGAUUCUGUAUCAUGUUCCAUUUACGGAAAAUGAGCAUCAAAAUAUUAAGUUGAUGAUCCAAAGCAAUUUGUAUCGCUAUCUUGGUAUACUGCUGGAGGGGCGGGAACAGUUUGAAGAACAAAGUUUGCUUGAGGUUGAGGGGAGGAAAAUACAGAUGACUGAUGAAGCUGGUCCUUCAGGUAUUAAAAGCCCGAUUGAUGGUAAUACAGUAUAUUCCAUUGCCCCCAGACUGAAGUCAUUCUCAGAUUGGUUUCUCCAAGUGAUGGUGUCUGGCAAUUUGGAGACUAUUUUCCCAGCUGCUACUCGUGAAUAUGCACCAUUUGUUGAGGAGUUGUGGAAAGAUGCAGCCUUUCAAGCCACUUAUAGCCGGAGGCAUGAAUUGGAAAUGCUACCAAGAAUUGCUACUUAUUUCCUGGAAAGGGCUGUUGAGAUAUCAAGAGCAGACUAUGAGCCAUCAGACAUGGAUAUCUUAUAUGCUGAGGGAAUUACAUCAUCCAAUGGGCUUUCUUUUGUGGAAUUUUCAUUUCCCAAGCUAGAUCGGGAGAACUCUCUCGACUCUGACUAUCAGCAUGAUCCUUCACAGAGGUACCAACUCAUUAGACUGCAUCCAAGUAGUCUUGGAGAAAAUUGCAAAUUUGUUGAGAUGUUUGAAGAUGUGGACAUGGUCCUAUUUUGUGUCUCCUUGACCGACUAUGAUGAGUUUUUUGAAGACAGUCACGGAGUUAGAACCAACAAAAUGCUUGCAAGCAAGCAACUGUUUGAAAGCAUUGUCACACAUCCCACUUUUGAUUCCAAGAACUUUGUCCUGAUGCUCAACAAAUUUGAUCUGCUUGAAGAAAAGAUCGAACAGGUUUCUCUGACCAAAUGUGAAUGGUUCCAUGACUUCCAUCCAGUGAUCGGCCAUAAUAACAAGGGGGGCACUUCACUAGCACAGCAUGCCUUCCACUAUAUUGCACUGCAGUUCAAGAGACUAUUCAAAUCUCUUAGUGAUCGAAAGCUGUAUGUUUCUCAAGUUACUGGCUUGGAGCCUGACAGCGUGGAUGAGGCCCUUCGUUACAGUAGAGACAUUCUCAAGUGGGAUGAAGAUGAACGAUACUUUAGCUUCACCAACCCUGAAUUGUCUUCCACUGAUAUAGAGGCAAGCUCAUCCUCUUGACCUUUUUUCUUCUAUAAAUAUUGUUCAGACGGCCAUGUACAAGCAUACGCACAUAUACACAUACAUUAGAUAUUUAUAACAUGCAGGUAUAGAAGCUAGACCGAUAUUGUUCUGGUAUAGGUUCACAGAAGAAAGAGUUUUGUGAUGAAAAAUUGUAACGAGGGAACCCAUUUUGCCAAGUUUUCAUGAAGAAAGAGCAAAUCAUUUAUAGAGCUCUAAGAUAACAAAUAAUUACAGAAGAAACUUAUUCUUUACAUUAUUACAUGUAAACAACUCCUUAAUCUUGAUCACCAAGGCACAAACCUGUCCAUGAGCAAACAAACGGUGGUCUCUGACAUUGUACCAUCUUUGGUUUCGUUGGAUGAACAAACUUCUCUGCUCACUUGUGUAGCUUCCUUCUCUUCACCCUGCCCUUGUUUGGCUCUUGAAAACAGUGGCCUUCGUGUUUGGACCCUCUCUCUAAGCUUUGCAAGCCUAGUAACACAAGCCUCCACCACUGCAGACAUCUUCACAGCUAGACUACUAUUAAAAAACCUUAUGCUUCUUCUUCUCUCUUUGUUGAAUGAAAAGAGAGAGGAUCUAGGUGGGUUUAUAUAGAGCACCAGAAGUCAAAUUAGGCUGCUGCAGUUUUCAGAAAACCAGAGUGGCGUUGGUGGGUUAUGAGUUGUCUGGGAACCAAAAAAAUCAGUGUGUGGUGACCCCCAGAUACGGUUAAACUUAGAAGAGAGGAUAUAAUUCUGGAUAUUCCCAAAUACUAGCUGUCAUAACUGACCAGGUGAAUGUUCUAAUAUGCAGCUCCAAAUGGAACAAAAAUGACAAAAGCUUCACGUGGCCAUUGGCCCCAUAACUAAACACCAAAAUUAAGUUGUGUCUUGAAGCUCAAAGCUGGGACCAUGAUUUCAACUGAA